AUGGCCGAUACGGGCACCAUGAGGCUCGACGAGGAUGCGGAGGAAAGCGAUUUCGACCUCCUCGAGGCCGGAGAUGAAGAUGGAGAUGAUGAGGCGGCGAAUGCGACGUUUGCCGACUUCUUCGGGAGACCAGAUGGCAAAGCCACGAAGUCCGGACUGGGUGGGAAGGCUGCAAAGGCCAGCCAAGGAGGAAAGAAACCCCAGACUGAAGAGUCUGAGGCAGAGGCACUGGAGGACGAGGACGCGGAGGAGGAAGAGCCCGAAGAGCUGGAGGAGCUCGAUGAGGAGGAGAAGGCGCUUGAGGCCCAGCUGAAGGCUCUCCAGGACGGCGAGGACGACGAGGGCGAAGAGGAGGAGCAGAAGGAGGAGGACGAGGAGGGCGAGGUCACUGGAAAGGAAGACGGUGAGGAUGGCGCAGGAAAGUCUGGUUCAAAGGGCAAAGAGAAGUCGGUUUACGAGAUGGACAGGCGACUGCAGUCGCUGGAAGAGGAGGUGCGGAAGCUGGAGGAAGAGCAGCUGCAAGAGAAGAGUUGGGAAAUGAAGGGAGAGGUCAACGCGAGGAAUCGACCACUGAACUCUCUCCUGGAGGUGGCUCUGGACCAGCCCAUGACGCACUUCGCCGCCCGCCGGGCGGAGGAGACCGCGGGGGACGCCGAGUUGGACGAAGAGGCCAUGGAAGAUGCCCCGGGCGCCGACGCUGCAGCGGCACGGCGGCCGAAGCUGGAUCUCGAGGCCAUUAUCAAGCAGCGCAUCUGGGAUGAAGCCUUCGACGACGUGGUGCGCAAAGCUCAGCUUCCACCAUCUCAGCGACCUCAAGGGGCGGAGGAGGAUGCCGUGGAGACCCUGAACUUCGAGAAGAGCCGCGUGGGCCUCGGCGACAUCUACGCCAAGCAGUACGAGGCAGAGAUGCUAGGCCAUCAGACGGAUCAGCAGAAAGCCGAAGACAAGGAGAAGGCUGAGCUUAAGCAGCUUUUCGCCAAGCUGAUGUACAAGCUUGACAUGCUCUCGAACGCGCACUUCACGCCGAGACCCCCCCUGGCGGGCUCCUCGGCGGAGGGCCUCAAGGUGCCUUCCCUCAAAAUGGAGGAGACGAUACCCCUUAUGGUCUCCGAUGCCACGUUACAAGCGCCGGAGGAGCGGCGAGCACCUCGACGGCACGUCAAGGAUCAAGCAGAGCUCACUCCUGACGAGAAAGCAGCAGUGCGCCGCACGCGCAAAGCUGCGAGAACAAAGCGGCUGCAAGACAAGGUGGAACGCGGCGAAAUGUCGCUCACCGAUCGCCGCGCCCGGGAUGCCAAGCUACAGGAGAAGAACAAGGCGGCAAAGCAGGAGAAGGCUUCCCGUGGCCAAGUGAAAGAUGCAAAGAAGCGGCUGAAAGCGAGCGAGCUCUUGUCACAGGCUGCGGAAAAUGCCAAGUCCGACCUAUCGAAGAAAGACGCCGUCAAGAAGCAGCGGGAAGCCAGGCCCGAGAACACCCCCGCCUCCAAGCGCCUGAAGCUCUGA